AUGGCCACCGCCUUCCUCAUCCUAGAUAUCCAGCAAGGAGUCACGGGCCAGAUCUUAGACGACUCGACCCCGGAACGAGAAUCCUACAUCCGCCGCCUCGCUUCCGUGGUCAAAGCCGCCCGAGAGAAGUCUGUCUGGAUUGUUCAUGUGAAAACAGCGUUUCGUCGUGGCUUCCCUGAUCUACAUCCUCGCAAUCCCUCGGCACAACGAGUCAUUCAAACAGGGAAGUACAUCGAGGGAGACGAAAGCGUGGAGUUCCACCCGGCAGUGGCGCUUCAUGAGAACGACAUUGUAAUCACUAAGCGACGGGUGUCCGCCUUUGGAGGCUCCGACCUUGAUGUGGUCCUUCGCAGCUCCCGCAUUGAGAAUCUUGUUGUGGCUGGCCUGAUCACUAGCGGGGCAGUGCUGUCCACGGUUCGACAGGCAGCCGAUCUGGAUUAUCAGUUGACGGUGCUCGAGGAUCUCUGUUUGGAUCGAGACCAGGAGGUGCACGACGUCCUCAUGAAUAAGGUCAUUGCAAAACAGGCUAAUGUGCUCGGAUCCGAUGAGUGGCUGGCCCGUCUGUAG